AUUCCAUAUCUAACUGGAUCGUAUAUAUCUUGUUAUCUAUGGUACCUUAUGCUAUAGUAUUUAUCUCACUGUUUCACGUACUCUGUCUGGCCCACAUGUAUGCAAUUUGUAACAUUUUUGGGUCCGAAUUGCACUUUUGAAGCAUAAAUAAUACAAUGAAGGCAAGGUUUCGUGUAAUUUCGUCUGGGAUACUGCAAGGCUUUGCCCAAAAGUACUCCAUUAGACAGUACUCAGCUCUGGCGGCUCGCUCCAAGCUCAUUCCUCUUUUGAGUGAAACAAAGGUUUUCACCGCCUUCCACAGCAGUCGUGGGUUUGCCAAAGAUGUCAGAGUUAUCAAUGUGCCUACCCUCGGAGAUUCCAUUAGCGAAGGAACUUUGGCAACUUGGAAGAAAAAUGUCGGUGAUUAUGUGGAUAUAGACGGAGUAUUGGCUAUUGUAGAAACAGAUAAGGUGACCGUUGAUGUCAACUCUCCGGCUGCUGGUGUUAUCAUGAAACAAUAUUCAAAUGAAGGUGACACUAUAUUCGUUGGAAAACCAUUUAUUGAUCUCGACGUUUCUGCAGAAAAACCUGCUAAAACUGAAGCAAAAUCUGUUGAAGCUCCCAAAGUUGCUGAGCCUACGCCUGCUCCAGAAAAGACUUUAUCCAAACCAGUUCAGACACCUCCUAGUCCACCAUCACCUCCAAAGGUUGUGGUUUCAGAAGGAGCUCUAGAGACUAGGGUUCCAAUGAGCAGAAUGCGCAUGAGGAUUGCAGAGCGCCUAAAGCACGCCCAAACUGAGAAUGUUAUGCUCUCUACAUUCAAUGAAUGUGAUAUGAGCAAAAUUAUGGACUUGAGAAAGGAGCUAAAUGAGUCGGGAGAAGUAUCUUGCAAGCUAGGUUUUGUUUCCGCCUUUAUGCGCGCCUCUACUUUAUCGCUAUUAAAGAUGCCAAUUAUGAAUUCUUAUAUUGAAGGAAAAGAAAUUGUAACAAAGAACUAUGUAGAUAUUUCAGUUGCGGUUGCCACACCAACUGGCUUGCUGGUCCCUGUAAUUAGAAAUUGUGAAGGAAAAACAUGGGAACAACUCGAACUUGCCUUGGUGAACGUAGCUAAAAAGGCUAGAGAAAAUGGACUGACUGUCGAAGACAUGACUGGUGGAACAUUUACCAUAUCAAAUGGAGGUGUUUAUGGAAGUUUAUUGAGCACGCCAAUCAUAAAUCCUCCACAAUCUUGUAUUUUGGGUAUGCAUGCCAUUACAAAACGCUGUGUAGUGAAGAAUGAUGAAAUCGUAAUUAGGCCAAUGAUGAACCUUGCCCUCACAUAUGAUCAUAGAUUAAUCGAUGGAAGGGAUGCUGUCACAUUUUUGAACUCAAUCAAAAAAUAUAUUGAAAACCCCUCACUAAUGCUAAUUAAGUAAAAUAUAAUUCAUGUCAAAUUGUAACAAU